CCACCCGGACUCUGUUAGGAACGGAAGCGCAGUGGCCGCCGCUUCCUGGUUGCCGGGGGACCGCCGAGGGCCGGGUUGAGCAGAGGCAAUGUUGCCCUUCACUGUGAACUUCAAGGUGUCGGCGCGCACCCUCACUGGGGCCCUCAAUGCUCACAACAAGGCGGCGGUGGACUGGGGCUGGCAAGGUUUAAUUGCUUAUGGAUGUCACUCACUUGUGGUAGUGAUCGAUUCCAAUACUGCCCAGACUCUUCAAGUUUUAGAAAAACAUAAAGCUGAUGUGGUCAAGGUUAAAUGGGCCAGGGAAAAUUAUCACCAUAACAUUGGCUCGCCAUAUUCCUUGCGCUUAGCUUCUGCUGAUGUCAAUGGAAAGAUCAUCGUUUGGGAUGUAGCAGCAGGAGUAGCUCAGUGUGAGAUCCAAGAGCAUGCCAAACCUAUUCAGGAUGUUCAGUGGUUAUGGAAUCAAGAUGCUUCCCGAGAUUUACUACUUGCUAUCCACCCACCAAAUUAUAUUGUGCUCUGGAAUGCGGAUACUGGCACCAAACUGUGGAAGAAGAGCUAUGCAGAUAACAUCCUUUCUUUUUCUUUUGACCCUUUUGAUCCCUCCCAUUUAACUUUACUCACCAGCGAGGGUAUUGUAUUCAUCUCAGACUUCUCUCCAUCCAAACCUCCUUCGGGCCCUGGGAAAAAAGUUUACAUAUCCAGCCCACAUUCCAGCCCAGCUCAUAAUAAGCUGGCUGCAGCCACAGGGGCCAAGAAGGCUCUUAAUAAAGUGAAAAUCUUAAUCACGCAGGAGAAACCUAGUGCUGAAUUUAUAACCCUAAAUGAUUGCCUUCAGUUGGCGCAUCUGCCUUCCAAGAGAAACCACAUGUUGUUACUCUAUCCUCGGGAGAUUUUAAUCCUUGACCUUGAGGUGAAUCAGACAGUGGGUGUGAUUGCAAUAGAACGAACAGGAGUUCCGUUUCUGCAGGUGAUACCCUGCUUUCAACGUGAUGGGUUAUUUUGCCUACAUGAAAAUGGAUGUAUAACUUUACGUGUUCGAAGAUCUUAUAAUAGUGUUUUUACCACUUCAAAUGAGGAACCAGAUCCAGAUCCUGUCCAGGAGCUUACCUAUGAUUUACGAAGCCAGUGCGAUGCAAUCAGGGUGACAAAAACUGUCCGUCCCUUCAGUAUGGUGUGUUGUCCUGUCAAUGAAAAUGCAGCCGCCCUCAUAGUGAGUGAUGGCAGGGUCAUGAUAUGGGAACUCAAGUCCGCCGUUUGUAAUCGAAAUUCACGGAGCAGUAGUUCUGGUGUAUCACCUUUAUAUUCACCCGUGUCUUUCUGCGGAAUUCCUGUAGGAGUGCUACAGAAUAAGCUCCCAGACCUCUCCUUAGAUAACAUGAUUGGACAAAGUGCCAUUGCUGGGGAGGAGCAUCCCAAAGGCCCCAUUCUGCAGGAGGUGCACCUCCGCUUCCUGCUGACGGGACUGCUUUCAGGGCUGCCCUCCCCGCAGUUUGCCAUCCGUAUGUGCCCGCCACUGACCACCAAAAACAUCAAGGUGUAUCAGCCACUGCUCGCCGUUGGUACAGGUAACGGUUCUGUCCUGGUGUACCACCUCACCAGUGGGCUGCUGCAUAAGGAGUUAAGUGUCCACUCCUGUGAAGUCAAGGGUAUCGAAUGGACAAGUUUGACUGGUUUUCUUUCCUUUGCUACUUCAACACCGAACAAUAUGGGAUUAGUGAGAAAUGAACUUCAGCUGGUGGAUCUUCCGACAGGUAGGAGCAUUGCUUUUCGCGGUGAACGAGGCAAUGAUGAAUCACCCAUCGAAAUGAUUAAAGUAUCUCAUUUGAAGCAGUAUUUGGCAGUUGUAUUCAAAGAUAAACCCCUGGAGUUAUGGGAUGUGAGGACUUGUACCAUUCUUAGAGAAAUGUCCAAAAACUUCCCGGCAGUAACUGCUUUGGAGUGGUCCCCAUCUCACAACUUGAAGAGCCUGAGAAAGAAACAAUUGGCCACCCGAGAGGCCAUGGCCCGCCAGACUGUGGUCUCAGACACAGAGCUGAGCAUCGUGGAGUCCUCCGUAAUCAGCUUGUUGCAGGAGGCAGAAAGUAAAUCUGAACUCAGUCAGAACAUCUCUGCCCGGGAGCAUUUUGUGUUUACUGAUAAUGACGGCCAAGUUUAUCAUCUCACAGUGGAAGGAAAUUCAGUGAAAGAUAGUGCUCGGAUUCCACCAGAUGGAAGUAUGGGUAGUAUUACCUGCAUCGCUUGGAAAGGUGACACAUUAGUUCUUGGAGAUAUGGAUGGAAAUUUAAAUUUUUGGGAUUUGAAAGGCAGAGUAUCCAGAGGAAUACCUACACACCGAAGCUGGGUGAGGAAGAUUCGUUUUGCUCCCGGUAAAGGAAACCAGAAAUUAAUAGCAAUGUACAAUGAUGGUGCUGAAGUGUGGGAUACUAAAGAGGUUCAGAUGGUGAGCAGUUUAAGAAGUGGAAGAAAUGUGACCUUUCGGAUAUUGGAUGUGGACUGGUGUACAUCAGAUAAAGUGAUCUUGGCAUCAGACGAUGGGUGUGUCAGAGUCCUGGAGAUGUCUCUGAAGUCCACUUGUUUUAGAAUGGAUGAACAAGAGCUAACCGAGCCUGUGUGGUGCCCCUAUCUCCUUGUUCCAAGGGCCUCCCUUGCCUUGAAAGCUUUCUUACUACACCAGCCAUGGAAUGGACAGUAUUCUUUGGACAUUUCUCAGGUUGAUUAUCCAGAAAAUGAAGAAGUAAAGAAUCUCCUUCAAGAGCAGCUGAAUUCAUUAUCAAAUGACAUCAAGAAGCUCUUGCUUGAUCCGGAAUUCAGUCUCCCGCAGAGGUGCCUGCUGGUUUCAAGGCUUUAUGGCGAUGAGUCAGAGCUACACUUCUGGACCGUUGCUGCCCACUACCUACACAGCUUGUCCCACGAAAAGCCAGCAGGCACCCCAGCCUCUAAAGAAACUAUGCCUCGGGACAAAGUGAACAACCCGCUGGAUAUAUGUUAUGAUAUUCUCUGUGAAAAUGCCUAUUUUCAGAAAUUUCAGCUGGAAAGGGUGAAUCUACAGGAAGUGAAGCGGUCAACUUAUGAUCAUACAAGGAAAUGCACAGACCAGCUACUUCUCUUGGGUCAAACAGACAGAGCUGUGCAGUUGCUGUUGGAAACAAGUGCGGAUAACCAGCAUUAUUAUUGUGACUCCCUGAAAGCCUGUUUGGUCACAACUGUCACCUCCUCGGGCCCCUCCCAGAGCACCAUUAAGCUGGUGGCAACUAACAUGAUCGCCAAUGGCAAACUAGCAGAGGGGGUGCAGCUGCUCUGCCUGAUAGACAAGGCUGCAGAUGCCUGCCGCUACCUGCAGACGUACGGCGAGUGGAACCGGGCCGCUUGGCUGGCAAAGGUCCGUUUAAGCUCUGAAGAGUGCGCUGAUGUUUUAAAGCGCUGGGUGGAUCACCUUUGCUCUCCACAAGUCAACCAGAAGUCAAAGGCCCUCCUGGUCCUCCUCUCCCUGGGCUGCUUUUUCACGGUGGCCGAGACACUUCACAGCAUGAGAUACUUCGAUAGAGCCGCCUUGUUUGUGGAGGCCUGUCUCAAGUACGGCGCAGUCGGGGUCACUGAGGACACGGAGAAACUCAUCUCUGCUAUAUACGCAGAUUAUGCCCGAAGUUUGAAGAACCUUGGUUUUAAACAGGGAGCAGUUCUUUUUGCUUCAAAAGCUGGAGCAGCUGGCAGAGAUUUAUUGAGUGAGCUGGGGUCCCCCAAGCAAGAACGGACCGAAGAGUGACCGGUCAGUGUGUGCUGGGGAGCCUGGCCUUGCGAGCAGGACGGGGGCCAGUCUGGCGGUGGUCAAGGUCAUGGUGUGGGCUGCUGACGAUGCCGUCCCUGCCGGGGUCCCCGUGAGCUGCUCCCCAUGUUUCUGAGGCUGCCGUGGACAGCAGCAAAUGAGCAUUUACAGAGUUAGGAGCAAGUCCCAUGUCCUGUGUUUAUCUCCGAAAAAAACACGAAUGUUUCAGAUUUUGAAAGGGUAGAACAUUUUAUACUUUUGGAGACAGCUUUAAGAGUCCCUGGAAAUACUUUUAAUUUUUUUAAACUUAAAAUUCAGGUGACUGAAUUGUUUUUCUCAUUGACUGAAUGGAAAGAUAUUUGAAAAAUCUAAUAAUGAGAGAAGUUUGUGAGAUUUACUCUCAAAUCUGUGCUGUGCCUGUGUUACAUACAAUCAUUCAAAAGGUGGCAGACGUAUUUCAGUAGUAAAGAUGAUUUACCAAAGCAUUCCUUGUUUCUUACCUUGAGAACAUAGAACUCAUGAUUCUCUGUUUUAGGCAGUUGCUAAAUUUUGUAAUUUCAGGCUCGUAGGCUCAUAGGGAAAUUUUAAACUUUAUGUUUUGUUCUAAUAUGUGGGGUCUUGGGUAUUUUGAAUUUUAACUCUUGAUGUAUUAUAGUAACCACCUUUUUUAAUUCUCUGUGCUUUAAUUUUCUGUCUUUGUGUUUGUCCAACAACUAAAGUAUCUGAGAUGUGACUAUUAUAAAUUAUUCCUGUCUAUAACUUACCAAAAUGAUAAAUAAAAAGGAAAUUCCAGCCAGGCAUUUGUGUUCCCCAAGCUGCUGUGCAGGAGGUCAGGGGCCAUGCUGGCUUCUCAGGAGUCAUUCCAGCUUCUUACCCUCCAAGAAGGAGUCCCAGGAUUGGACCAAACGCCCCCACCGUGGGCAGACCUGCCUCAGUUCCCAAGGGAGCAGGGCUCUUGGAGGGAGGUGAGGGAGUGGCAUUCCUGUCUCCCCUCCUGGGUGUCCAGGGUGAUGCAUCUCCUCACACCCACCAGGAGCUAGGAUUUUCGAAUAGAGUCAUGGCCUCUGCCCUUAGGCAUCAACCAUCCACUCUGACAAGGAACUGAGAUCCACGGAGGGGAUGGGCUUACUCUAGGAAUGCCUGUUCCCAGGCUGGCACUUCGGCUAAAGUUGUAGAAGAAAUCCAGGAUGCAUUCAUUAGUCCUGUAACUGGCUCACUUUCUUUCUGUGCCUGGGCGGGUUACCCUGGAAUUCCUAAGGGCCACGGGCAAACACAGCCCUCUCUGUAUUGCCUGUGGUUAAAUGAUUGCCCAUGUAUGUUUUGUUUAUGCAGCCAUCAGCUACCUAAAGGGAAAAAGAAUGCUGGCCUUAGUAAGCAGAGAGGGAAAAAGAAAUCUUACUCUAGAGUGGGGUAUUUUGAAAAUUAAAUAUGUUUGGAUUUGAGGCCAACAGCUAAGUAGUGAGGCACCGCCUGCUGGGGUUGGAGGUGGGCUGGAGGCGGGAACCUGCUGCGUGCCUGACGCCAAGGCCCUGAAGUAUGCCCAGCUGGGUAGGACGGCGGUCACUGCUCAUCACCACAAGACAGAGACCCGGUCUGUCAAAGUACAACUGGAAGUCCCAUCCAGACAACCUGAGAGCCCCUCUCCCUGGGGACCUUAUGGGCCGGAAGCUGAGCGUGCAGGGACAGAGGCUAACGAGGAUGAAUCACGUUCUCAGCUGCACCUCACCUGUCUUUUCAUGAAGGAUCGUUAGGAACCUCAUGUUAUUAAUGCAUGAGCAGAGGAGGCUUCCCAGGGUGAAACCCACAGCCAGAACUGGGAUGAGAGUGACAGUGACUUUGGAGCAGCAUGGCCCUCUCUGUGGCCGUACCCAUGGGAUUGCCAUCAGGGUCCUGGGCCCUCCCUUGGCAGCCAGUCGAGCGGAUCUUGAAGAUGUGGUGUGGAGGGGGGUUGCUGGGUGACCCCCUCCUCCUGGCUGGUCUCGCUUUAAGUAUUUUCAUUGCUUUGAAAGUGGUAGCAGGACCUCCUGUUCUAAAAUAGAGCCAAUCAGAGCAGCGUCUGUACAAGCCAAUCCCGCGCUGCUUCUCCCAAUCAGCUUGUCCAUGGAACAGACCUUGGUAUGAAAACAGUUCCCCUCUCAGCUGUUUGCUGCCUGGAGACGUCACCUGCAUGAGGACAGUGUUAGGUGCCGGUGAUUACCCCCCUGCAUCACAUUCUCCUCAGCAGUGGGGCAGGAUGGAAGGGGAGUGCUGAGGCGCAAACUUGUAGGUUGUGCAACAGUGAAGCUCUGGCAGGCCAAGGUGCUCCGGGAGCACACUGUAGCAGCCUGCAGGCCUCCAGUUCCCGUUCUGCAUGCAAUCGAUGUGACUGGUCCCAAACAAUUUGUGCAAGAGAGGACCCUUGCCAUUCAAAGGAAAAGGCAUUUUGAGUUGAUGACACUUGAAGGUGUUACUGUUUUAAAAGAAGGGAAGGGAAGAAGCUGGGCUCUAGGACUCACAUCUGAGACCUGCGGGAAUCAGACCAGCUGGGCAGGCCGGAGGGAACUUGGGGAAGCAGAUCGUCCUGCUGUCUUUCCUGUCCUUAAAGGAUCCUUCUGUGUGUUUGCUUUUCCAGCUGUGCAGGACCCACUGAAAACAACCCCGGAAAGCCCCUCUUUUCUCUCACUCAGGAUGUCCCGUGAUUCUGAAGCUCUCACAUGAGUCCCUUCAGGCAGUUUAAGUAUUUUCCUUCAGCGUUUGGCUCUCUUCCGUAAAAAGUCCAAAUAAACACUUCUACCACCCCUUACUUUUGGGGGGACCCUGAGAAGAAAGUCAGAGUCACGCUAACUGUUCUAAAUACCAGAGAAGGAGAGACAUUCUGGGUUCCAUAGGCAAUUUGGGUGGUUUUAGCUUUCCCUUCUUCCAUAUUUAUUUGACAGAGAGAGAGAGAGCACAAGCAGGGGGAGCGGCAGGAGGAGGAGAAGCAGGCUCCUCGCGGAGCAGAGAGCCCGGCCUGAGCCACCCGGGCGCCCUUCCUUCUUGCGUGUUUAUAUGUAGCACAACCAAGUGCUGUUAGGGAAGAGGGUUGUUCCAGACCCUGAGAUGCACUACUUAAGAAAGACUGGGCUGGAACAGGUAGUUGAGAAUUUAAGAUCAGAUAAAAAGACAUUCCUCAGUCACUGCCUCAAAAAUGUAGUCCAUUUUCUUCGCAGUUAAACGGUAUUUUUAAAGCUGAAGUAAAGUGGGCUGAUGUGGAGGCAGAAGGAGGAGGCAGAGCGGCGCAGGAAGGGGCCUCUUCACUGUGACCAUCCCUCUAGGUUAAGGGUCUGCGGACAGACCUGGGGAGCAAAUCCCAGCUCACUGCCCAUUUUGUAAAUAAAGUUUUACAGAAACAGUCAUGCCCAUCUGUUCUUUGUGGCUGUUUUCAUUCAACAGGGACAAGUAGAUGGAGCAGAGACCAUAUGGCCUGAAAAGCCUACAAUACUUAAAUGUCUGGCUCUUACAGGAAAGUUUACCCACUCCUGCUCAAGGUCCCACGUGCUUGCUUGGGAUGAACUUUCACGUGUCCGGCUGCCCUGUUGGGUGCAGAUCGGUACGGAGCCCUUUGCGGUUUGCCUGUAAGCAGGUGCACGUGGACCAGCCUCUUUCCAGAAAGAGGAUGUUUCAGUGUCAUCCCACCUGGCUCCCCGUAGAGGCCCAAUUUCCCAUGGCGCUGGGUCUAGGAAACUACGUACAACGUGAACCACCCGGGGUGACCUUAGUUGUAUUCCUGACAAUUCUGAGAUAAAAGGCACUAGUAGAUGAUAGAAAAACUUAAAUCCAAGAGCUGUUUCAUAUCAACAUGUUAAAGCAAAUGUCAGUUUUAUUCCAGACACCUCCUAACCCGUUCUGCUGUGAUAAAACCCUCGUUGUGUUCCAGUCUUCUGACCUCUGAGCAGCAUCUUUAAGCCCUACUACUUCAGGCAGGUAGAAGCCCCAGAAUACUAACGUCCUAAGCCGGUGGUGGGCCCUGCCGUCACUGAUGUGAAUCUGUAUGACCACACUGGGGAGAGAAUCCCGGGCCGGGGAGCCCGGUGUCUGAUGCACGGAAUCCAGCUGGAGGACCCGGGAAGUGGAACAGAGACCGGAAGUGAAGGAUGGACGAGUCUGCGGUAUAUGAUCAAAUAGAAGAGCUCGGGAGGAAACUGGCAAACUGCUGCUGGCGGAGACACAUGGAAGGGAGUGAGGAAAGGAGGAGGCAGACAUGAGUCAGGGAUGGGAAAUACCUGCGCGACCCUGGUGCGGCUGCUCUGGUGGGUAAGCGCCGCCCUGGGAGCCCACGCGUCUCCGCUCCCAGGAAGCUGCGUGCACAUCUGCAUGCCCUGCCACGCCGGCUGUACCCUGACUGUCAGCUUCGUGGCCGACAGUCUUGCCCCCGCUCACAGAAGCAGGAACUAAGGUUCAGAGAUGUUGGGGACAACUGGGGUGACCCUCUGUCUUGGACUGUCCCCAAAUGAGGAAUUUCCUGUGACUCUGGAUUUGGGAUGUGAAAACCGGGAUGUGUCAGGUGACACGGGACCGUUGGUCACCCUCCUUGUAAGUGACAGAGCUGGGAGGUAAGACACAGGCCUGCCUGACGCCUCAGCCUGCACGGCCUCCACCUGGUCAUGUAAACGUGUGAUCGGGGACAUUUUUGAGGGCUUCCCUCUGCAGCUGAGCUGCAGUCCUGAGCGCCCUCCUCAUCUGGGGCGAGGCCAGCGUCAGUCCGCAAGCUAGGCACAGCAAGGCCCAGCCAUCACCAGGGCCAGGAUUUAAAGAACUGUCUUCUUAGCCAUCAGCUACUAGAAAGAAUGUGAUUUUCAAAACAUUAUUUUAAAAAACGUGUUGAAUGUUUGGAUGCUCCGAGUUGAUUUAUUGGUCUGAAAGAGGUUAUACUGUUUUGGCUGGGGGCACUCUCCCUUUUGUAAGGAAACUGCCGAAGGAUGCUCUUGCUCUAUUUUCUGUCCUUUUUUUUUUUUAUGGAAUAGGAGGUCCUUUGGGGGAACUGAAACCUCACCUGUCGGCUGAAUCUAAACGUCGGUGUGCAGAGCCCGCUCCAUCCUUCCAUCACAGGCUCUGGGACAGACGUGGCUUCCUCCUGCCACCUCGGAGGUGGCUCCGUUUCCAGGUAUGGUGCAGGCAGAGGACAGCGUUUGCUCCCUGUCUGGUAGGGCAGGGCCUGGGACGGCUGGUCCUUGGAACCCUGGUCUCGGUGAUUCUCCUGUUCAGCAGCUCCCACUGCCUGGUCUGCUUGGGAGUCCUGGUGGGAUUAAAGUCACUCAACGAAUCUCCAACAACCUUGUGGGCCCAUGUGUUGUGAACAAAGACUAAGACCAGGCAGGGCUUCUGAUGAGUGGUGGGGACGCAGUGUACAUUUGCAGAGGGAGAGGGAGACUCCAGAGACCGUUCCACAGACAUUGUCCCUUUCACUGGCAUUUGCCUCCACACCUUCCUCCUUCCCCCCUCCUCCCCAGUCCCCAAUAACUCGGCAGCUGGCCCUUCUAGGUGAGAAUUGAGCCUUAGGAAGCUGCUGGAGGCCACUAGGACACUGAACGGAGAAGUAAGUCCCUACUGAGGCAGAGUAACUGGAGCUCACUGCCCCGUUCCCAGAGAGGGGCAAAGGCUAGUUUGAUCAUCCAUAAAGAUCCAACUCCCAUCCGAAGGCACAGGGCGGGAGCAGCUCACUUCUGCCCUUGGAGAACCAGUGGCCAGAUGCGGGGCCAGGGAAAACCUCCCUUUGUGAGCCUGGGUCUGGUCCAAGCAUUUGCCGCUUUGUCCCUUUGAUCAUGUGACUGACCUCUCAGUCUUUUGGUCUUGAACUGUCAAUGGUUGUGGCAACUUGAUCCUUAUACCACAGAUGCAGUGGAGGGAAAUGGAAGGGCCGUGUUUGGGAGGUGAGUAGCCAGUGGCUUUUUACAGAGUAGUAGCCAUGCUUGGAGAGUCUUGGGGCUGCGUGGGCAGCCCAGCCCCUGAGCUCUGGACCCUCGGACCGGGAUUGAACCCAGUGGAUCCCGGCAGAGAGAGAGCCUACGGCUGAGACACACACAGAGCCCGCAGAGGGGACUGCUGGCUCUCCUGUAGGAGCUGAAUGGUGAAUGGCUGAAUUCUGGGAGAUGCAUGUCCGUCUCCUAGAAUCUCCGAACCUGUCCUUAUUUGGAAAUAGGGUGUUCGUAGACCUUGAUGAUUAGAUCAUCAAGCCACAUCUGGUGUCCCUAAGAGGAGAGGACACAGAGACACACAGAGAAGGUGGCCCUGGGAAGAGAUUAGAUGGAUGCAACAGACAGCCUCAGAACACCAAGGAGGGCUGGAAGCCUCCGGAAGCCAGGCAGCCAGCCUCUAGAGCUGAGAGAACACAUUUCUGCUGCUUUCAGCCCCCAGGUGUGAGGUGAUCUGUUACAGUGGUCCUAGGACACGAACUAGCUGCCACUGACCAAAACCAAGGACCCAGAAUUCCUCAGGUACUCCCCGUUGCAGGGCCUGUACCCCCUCCUCCCAGAAUAGUAGGAAUUCCAGCUCUACUCCCCUGGCGGAGAGGGCCUUUGGCUUGCCUUUGUUUUUCUCAGGCCCUGCUUUCCAGAAAGAAAAGAAAGGCUCCCAGUUGUACCUCUGGACCUAGAAAGUUCAUUUUCAAGCAACUUUACCGAGCCAGGCUCUCUGCCUUCUGCGUUCUGCGUUCUGCCCCUGGUCUCAGCAGCUCUCAGCACACGUUGCUGGCUCGUCUUUCCACUGCCUGCUGCUCAUCAGAGGGAACUACAGUUCCAACAGUUCCUAAGCCCACAGCCCAGGAAAGUCCUGUGUGGCCGUCAAAACCAUCCAGACCCAUGACUGUGGCUUGGGGAAGAUUCCAGAGGUGGGACUCUGGUGGUUUUACUUUUCCAGGCUUCUAAAACCAAGAAUUUUUUUCCCCCAAUAUAUCGCAAUCUGUGUUCCUUGGAACCAUAAUGUCCUGCAAAAUAUUAAUAAACAUUUUUAAAGCAUCAUAAUCAAGUAAGUUUGGGAAAUGCCAAAAUAAAUACAGUUAAAUAAGUUCUUUUUUAUUGUAGACCUUCUCAAGGCCUUUAGUAUGCCAGAUACAUGUUGUACCCCUCUAAGCCAAGGAUUAUGGAAUUUAAGAUUCCUAAAGCUAUUUGAUCACGGUCCUUACCACGUUCUGCCUGCUCCUGCCUGAUCGUGCUCUUCUGCACUUUGGCAGUGCGGACCUCCCUCCCUUCCUUCUUUCCUGCCAAGGCUUUCUCUUCCAAGUGCAAAAAAACAAACAAACAAAAAAAAAACAACAACAAAAAUAAACCACCCUGCUCUUCCAGCCUGCCCCAUAAAUGAGUGGAUGAUGCCAUUUUCCAGCUGGGAACCCUUUGCUAAGUCUCUCCCUGCAAACAGUUCACUUUCAAAUGACACAAAAGGUCCUCAGUGAACGUCUCCCACUCAGCACCUGCCAUUUGCACUUUGUGACCUAAUCAACCGGCCAACAUACUGGUCGUUUCUGGCACCACGGCGUCACUCUUGCUGUCUCCCAUGCCCUUCCUGCCUCAGCUACCCCUCCCCAUCUCACGCCUCUGAGCUUACCACAAGAUCUCCCGCUCAACUCCGUAAUGCCGCAUUCUUCAGUCGGUCUCCUCUCCCGGGCUGGAGGCCCCAGGAAGACAAGGUGGGUCUCAUCCAGACGGCAUCUCUAGCAUUUGCUACAGGUGUCCAUACACCUGCUGCUUCGGGAUGGGUCGGGGUCCGGGACAGCCACGGGCCAUGUGUUACUAGAGGGCGAGGUUCCUGCCGUGACAGGCUGUUGGGUCCAUAUCCUACAUUUCUGGGGCCCCUUUGCUUCCUUCUUUACAGAUCCACUGUGCUGGUGAUGAGUACAACUGCAUUGUUUCUCGUGUCCCCCGAGCCUGGAGAGUUUUAUGUUUAAGGGGUGUCCCUUCUAAGCACCAUGGACUUGCGUUUUUUAUUUUUUUUACUCUUUCAGUCGGGAGUCCUAGACCACUCACACACAGCGGCGCGACUCCAUGCAAUGCAGUGAGUAUCCGCCAUCUGCACUGUUUUCAACUUUCCCUGUUCAUUUUAUAUCUUUUCCCCCCACUCCCUGGACUUUGGGAUGAGUAUUUUUUAAUAUCGCAUUUCCCCACUAUUAUCUUGUUACUUAUAUAUUCUAUUCAUUUCACAAUUAUCUGGGGGAUUACAACACUCAUCCCGACUCGUUAUUAAAGUCUAACAUAAAUCAGUAUUCUUUCCACUUUCCGGACAGUGAAAAGGACUUUAGAACGUGCUAAUUCUGCUGAUCCCUCUUCUGGCUCAGGAGGUAUUGUUACCUGUAUUUUAAUUCUAUGUGUUUGCAGACCUCCUCAAGACAUAAUUACUGUUUUACGUGGUCAGUAUCCAUUUAGACUUGCCCACGUCAGGAUGGGCUCUUCCUGUCUUACCCAACUGCCGUCUGGACCCUCUCCUCUCCCUGAAGAACACCUUCCACUGGGGUCUUUACUCUGUGUCUACCGGUAAUGAAUUCUCUCCGCUUCCCUCUGUCUACACUGUCUUCGUUUUGCUUCCAUUUCUUUUGGGGAACAUUUCAGGCAUACAAAAAUAGAGAAAACAAAUGUAAUGAACCUCUGUGUACCCAUAACCCAGUUUAAACAAUCCUCUCUGAGCUCCGUUAUUUUAAGGAUAUUUUCACUGCAUGGUCCAGCCUGGUGAUCAUUUUCUUUCUGAAGACCCUCCAUCAGCUUCCCGCGGCCACAGUUUCUACGGAGAAGCCCCUAUCAGUCUUUGAUAUGCCUGAUAAUCUUUGAUGGUCAGAUGUUCUAUAUAAAAAACUUCAUGUAGUUUGAAGCUUUGGAUGGGGCUGUCUUCCUCCAGGGGUUUUUCCUUUAGCUUUUCCCAGGCAGCCAAGGGAGAUGUCCUAGCAAUCCCGGGUUACGUUGAUCCAGCUGCAGACUGAGAUGAUCCCAAAUGGGCCUUGGGAGGGCUGGUCUGUUUCUAGUUGACUCUAUUUUUAGCAUAAGGAGCCUUUCAGGGUCCCUAACCCCACUCUGUCCACUGAAAGGUCCACGUAGGUUCACAACCUUUCCGUCACCUCUUAAACACAAAAAACCAUUUUAGACCAUUCUUAAAGAAAGGGGUAAGUUUCCAGUGUCCCUGGUACCUCCACUGAGCGGGCCACAGCCCACAGCCGGCUAGGCAGGAACUGGCAGGCCAGGCACCUUGCUCCCCACUCAGCAAAGGCGUGUCAUGAUCCGAUCUUCCACCAGUUCCCACGAUGUUCCCCUUGCACUCCUCCUCAUGGUAUCUAACAGGGCACUAGGGCACUUGGAAAUGACCCAUAGUGUUGAGGUCUAUGGCUUUUUUCCCCCCCCUAGAUUUGUGGCUAUCGUAUUUAAAAGAUGAGAACAUACAGUGUCGCUGGCUCAGGGGUGGGAUGAAAUGUGCACAUGUUUCUACUGCAGCUUGAUUUGUGUUGCUUGAUUUUAGUAUAGACUGAGUUCAGAUGCACCAAGACUUUUUAUUUUACAGAAAACAGGGUCCCACAGGCUCUAGAACAAAUCAGAAAAUCGAAUGCUGCGAAGGAGGCAGGGAGGGGGUCAGUCACAAGCGUGACCGAGACAGGCAGGGCGCGGUUGUGAGGAGUCUGGGGGCCCCAGGCUCAGGAAGGAAGGUUCGUAGCAGGAAACGGAGGCCCCGAGUGUCAGAUCUGAAGUUUCAAAAGAAGCUGAAAGUCCAAAUAACCUCACAGAAUAUCCAGACUUUUAAGUGUUGGCUUGAUUUAG